CAGAGAAUAUAAAUACGGACGCUGUCGAUUCACUGUCAAAUCAAACCUGAUACAGACUGAGUUAUAACACUGCUGGGAACAUCAUUUACUAAAGUUAGCCAACAGAUUUGGUUUGCAGACAUGGAGUCAGUUAAAGUUGUCAAUAAUCAGAAUGUGGUUGAGAGGGUGGCCAGCCUCCCCUUGGUGAGCUCGACCUAUGACAUGGUGUCCAGUGCCUACUGCACCACCAAGGAUAACCACCCCUACCUCAAGUCCAUGUGUGAGGUGGCCGAGCUGGGGGUGCGAACCAUUACCACUGUGGCCCUCACUGGUGCAGCACCCAUCAUCGGCAAGCUGGAGCCACAAAUUGCCAUGGCCAAUGACCUGGCCUGUAAAGGUUUGGAUAAGAUUGAGAAGACCUUGCCAAUCCUGCACCAGCCUUCCGAGCAGAUUGUCGCCAACGCCAAAGAUGCAGUGACCGUCUCCGUCACCGUGGCCAAGGACAGUGUGUCCCACACCUUGACUAGCGCGGUGGACCGGACCAGGGGCGCUGUGCAGGACAGCGUGCAGAUGACCCGGGCUGCGGUCAGCGGUAGCGUGAACACAGUGAUGGAGAGCCGCAUGGCCCAGAUGGUCAGCAGUGGAAUGGACACGGCCCUCACCACCUCUGAGAGCUUGGUGGACCAGUACCUGCCUCGCACUGAGGACGAGUUGGAAAUGGAGGCGAAAACAGUGAAAGGGUUCGAUGUGGCCAAGGAUACUCCCAACUACUAUGUCCGUCUGGGCUCUCUGUCUACCAAGCUGCGUAAGAGGGCGUACCACAAGGCUCUGGCCCAGGUCAAAGACACCAAGCAGCGCAGCCAGGAGUCCAUUUCACAGCUCAACCACACUGUGGACCUGAUUGAUUAUGCCAGAAAGAAUAUUGACGGAGCUAACCAGAAGGUGAAAGGCAAACUGAGCUCCCUGGUCGAGUGGAAAUCUAAUGAGGAAGGAGAUAGCGAUGAGGCCGAGAACAUAGAGUGGAGGACCCUGGCGAUGGCGCGCUCCCUCACUCAGCAGCUGCAGACAACGUGCCUGACACUGGUCUCUGGCCUGCAGGGCCUUCCACAGAACAUCCAGGAGGAGGCCCUGUCCCUCAGCCGCUCUGCCUCGCAAAUCUACUCCAGCUUCAGCAAGGCGGCGGCGUUCGGGGACCUGUCGGAUGGCGUGCUGGCCAGCAGCAAGGCCCAGCUGAGCAAGAUGAAGGAGUCGCUGGAUGACGUCAUGGACUACCUAAUCAACAACACGCCCCUCAACUGGCUGGUACCAGACUUCACCUUCUCAGACUUGGCCUCAGAACCUGACUUCUCCUCAGUUGAGGACGAUGGAACGUCAGAUGAGUCCAACACCAACGAACCCCUAUCAGCUCCCCUUGCCCACCAAUAACCUGCAUUGUCCGAUAAAAUGUCCACAGUUCAUCUGUCUGGUAUAAGGCUUAGUUAUAUUUGAAAAAAUUGUUUGAUUUUUUAAAAAUACUUUGAAAUACUAUUGGUAGACAUUCAAAUAGAAGUAGUUGAUUUGGCCAAUGUAUUUGAAAAUACACAUGUAAAUAAGUAUGUAUUACAACUACGCAUGGAUUUGAACCCAGGUCUGUUCCGCUGUGGGUGAAAAAAUAUAUUCGCAGUGAAAGUGAACGCCUCUUCCGCUUUACUCCCGUAUCCAGUCCGAUACAGUUUUGAAUGGGAUUCAAGAUUUCAUAUCAUUCAUGAACACGCAGUCAUUUAAGAUAUCAUUUUUGUGGAUUUACUCGAUGCCUUAAUGACUAUUUUAGAUUGCGUUUUCAUUUUGUACUUUUUGCACUUAAAGACCAUUUUAAAAACAAGGCAGAGAAGGCGGCCACUUUCCCGGUGUAUUUUCAUGGCAGGUGUGAGCAUUUAAAUCAACAUUGCAGCUAUACAGUAACCAUGGUUUCCUUUGCUGAUCAUAAUGGACGAUACAGACUAAUAAGAAUACGUAAUUUCUCAAUUGCAGGUCAUUUAGGAGUAAAUGUAACCUGUGUGUGGUUGUGUGUUCUAAUAUUCAGUUCUUUAUUCAGUAAAGACACAA